AUGAAUGCACUAUUGGGCUCUGCCCUGCUAAUGCUCCUUGCGGGCAGACCGGCGCUUGCUGGCUCGUUGAAAGAUAUCGAGCAUGUGAUCAUCUUCAUGCAAGAAAACCGAUCAUGGAACAAUUAUUUUGGAACCAUGGCUGGUGUCCGUGGCUUUAACGACCCGAACGUGCAGGUGAACUCGGAUGGUUUGGAUGUUUACCAUCAGAUUGUGGAUUCUUCAAUGUCUACCAAGGCAAAGACCCUUCUGCCCUGGUAUCUGGGUUAUCAGGGUGGAUCUACGGUUGAUGCUAUGCAGUGCAUGACCGCAGGUUCAAACGGCUAUGAGGAUAAUCAGGCCGCGAUCAACAAUGAUCUCAACAACAUGUGGGCCCGCAACAAUACCCCUUGGAGUUGGGGAUAUCUUAAGAGAAGCGAUAUUCCAGUUCACUUCGGUAUUGCCGAGGGCUGGACUGCCGGAGAUAUGUACCAGGAAUCACAAGUCACCUCGACUAAUCCCAACCGUGUCACUUUGGUCAGUGGCUCCAUCAAUGUCCCAGGCGGGCCCCAGAACCCUGAUCAGGGAGGUCCCUACUUGGACAACAAUGAGACUCCUGGCUGUGAGGACAACGACAUCAGUUGCUAUCCGCUGAAGUGGAAGACUAUCUAUGAUAUCUAUGAAGCCGCUGGUGUCUCGUGGCAAGUGUGGCAAGACUCGGAUAACUUCGAUGACAACCCGCUGGCCUGGUUCGAGCAAUUCCAGAACGCGUCAUCCGACUCCCCUCUUGCCAAAAAGGGCCUGUCUUACCUCGGCCUUGACAGCUUCUACGAAUCUGCUGCCAACGGAACUUUGCCGGAGGUCAGCUUCAUCGUCGGCCCCGCCGAACUAUCCGAGCAUCCUCCUUAUAUGCCCAAGGAUGGCGCGUGGCUCCAAAAGAAGGUCGUCGAUGCGGUUACCAGCAGCCCCAAAUAUAACUCUACCUUGUUGAUGAUCAGUUACGAUGAGUCUGGUGGUUGGGGAGACCACGUUGUUCCCUUCCACUCGCCUGAAGGUACCGCCGGUGAAUGGAUGGAAGACCCCUAUGGUCACUUUGGUGACAUCUACUCGGGUCCUGGUGUUCGUGUUCCUUUCUACAUGGUCUCUCCUUGGACUCGUGGUGGUCGUGUGUUUACUGAGCGCGCGGAUCAUAACUCCCAGAUCCUCUUCAUGGAGCAGUGGCUGGAGGCCCGUGGAUACAAGAACGUGCAAACACCCGAGAUGGUCCAGUGGCGUCGUGAACACAUGUCCAACCUUGUCAAUGCCCUGGAUCUGGAUAACCCCGAUCUUAGUUUGCCCGCAAUCCCCGAGGCUGAAACUCCAGAUAUGGCUCUUGGCAAGUACACCGGCACAUCGAAUUGUGAGGCCAAGUACCCGAGCCCUCGUCCGACCGUGCCUUAUGGAAACCAGAGCAACAAGAACAACACUUUAUUCUUCGAGGAGGGAUACAAGGAGGUCAUCGGGUAUCUGACUGAAGGCCGGUACUUGACCUUCGAGAGCUCCGGAAAGGCUCUCAUCAACUCCGGGAACGGAAAAGUGAGCAGCACCUCCGCUACUGCGGAUCACAGCGACAAGCACCAGCGCUGGGUGGUCCACUACACGGCAGAUGAGGAGAGCCAAAUCUUCCAGGUAUCUAGUGCUCUGGACGGCAAGUUCAUUGGCAUCAACGGCUCUCUGGUCACCAGUCAAAGCAAGGCUGCGAACAUCAAGAUCACCUUCCUUGGUAACAGCAAGGGUUAUUCUCUACAGUACGAGAAUGGAUCUGCCGUUGGAAGCCUCAAGAGUGGUUGCAAGAUCUGGAGUGUGUCUUAUCAUUAA